AUGAAUUUAUUACAUUUGUUUAUUCUUAUUCCUUCAUUGACAUAUGCAAUCGUUUAUGAUACAAGUGUCACAAGAUGUGAUUGUGGAUUCAGUGAUCCCAUGAAGGAUUCCGUUUGGCAGGAUUUGUGGUACAUGGAUUUUCAGGAUGAGCAGCAUAGUCAACAACUAUACACAACGCAAGACUUGUUUUUUGCCAAUUACAUCAUUCCACCUAAAUAUAAUGACAGUUAUCCACGUGUAUUUCAUAAAGAGAAUGUAGAGGUUGUGAAUAAUGCUAUUCAGAUAGCUGUGACAAUAAACAAAACAAAUAGUAGUGAUAUUUCCUGUGGAGGAUUUGGUACCGACAAACAUGACUUUUUGUAUGGAUCAUUUCGAAGCAUGAUGAAACUAACUCAUGUUAAGGGAACGGUCACUGGUAUGUUUGUUUAUCAUCCACAGGGUGAAAUCGAUAUCGAAAUGGUAUCCGCAUUACAGCCACCAGAAGCUUACUUUGCUGUUCAUCCUGGUAUUGCAACGGAUGGAAGAGCAUCCCCACUCACUCAUGGUGAAUGGGUCUUUAAUUUUAAUCCUUCUGCAAAUUACCAUGAAUACAGAUUCGAUUGGUAUCCAAAUCUUGUCGUCUUUUAUAUUGAUGGCGCCGAGAGAUAUAGGAUGACGACCAACAUAUUGUCUCAGCCGGGUCGAAUCAUGUUUAACCAUUGGACAGACGGUAAUGCUAAUUUUAGUCAAGGGCCUAUAAAAGAAGAUGCUUAUAUAUCCAUCAAAAAUAUGACCUUCUUUUUUAAUUCAACCGAGUCGUCGCUUCAUUGUAACAACACUCAACGUGCCUGUGAGAUUAAAGAUGUCAUCUAUUCAUUAAAGAAUAAUCAGACAUCACUUGAGAGUGCAACAUCUUCUGUAGCCAUAACAACAGCAGUAACAACGACCAUACCUACAACUAUGACUAGUGACUCAUCAAGAGUGACCGUUCGAUACCCUUGGUUAUUUUUGUUUCUUUUAUACUAUAUGUUUAAUAUCACAUAUACAUAA